AUGCCGUCCGAAUCCGGCCACUACCUUCGGCGUCUGUUCGUCCUGCUGGCCCUCCUUCCGGGAUUCUCCCCAGGUCUGGUUGAUGGCAGGCGAGCCCCGGAGACUGACCCCUCCCUUCGGCUCGAUGAGUCUCUCGUUUAUCUGUGGCCGCUGCCCACGGAGUAUCGGUACGGCAACAGGACCUUGACCGUGGACCCGAACUUGAUGUUCCACCUCCAGGGAGCCGGCGAGAAUUCCUCCAUAUUGGGAGAGGCUCUUGAGAGGUAUCGGAAUAUUAUAUUCAGACAUCGGACGAGGUUAUCAGGGAGGUCAUCUUUUGAUCUCGGCAAGUUGACGAUCAUUGUCGCUUCCGACGACGAGACGGUGAACUACCAAUUCUUGCCCGUCUUUCCAUUUUUGGUCUUGCUUCUGGUCACCAAACCAUUCCCUUACUGUCGGAUAUUGGCGACUUAAUUGACAGCUUCAACUUGGCGUGGACGAGAGUUACGAUCUGUUCGUUGCUCCACGUAACGAUCACUCCAUCGUAACAGAAGCGAUCAUUGGGGUACGUAGCAAUUCUUUAACCCUGUUCCGAUUCUUAGUGAUUGGUAUGCAGAGUUCAAUAAAAUCGUGUAAUAAAAUAAUGCCUCUAUGCUACAACGUGAAUGGAGCUUCCAUGGAUGGAGAGGUAAUUUGGAAAAGAGAACCUCUUGCCAUUUGUAGUGUUGAGGACCUGUAAUGCACUGUAACGUGCAACACUGCCUUUUCAGGUUCUUCCCCCCCCCCUUUAGAAUGUCGAGAAUAAACUCCAUAUACUGGCUCAUAUGCGGUGAAUCGACUCUCCCUAGGCACGACGAACUAGUAUCUCGGCAGCUGAAUUAUCAAGAUGGCGACACGAUGAAUAUUUUGCGAUAGGAUAGAUAGGAAUACGUUGGAACUUAGUCAGCUGUCAGUCAUGCUCAAAAAAUUUAUUCUCUUCUAGUCAAAGAAAAUUGUGAAUAUUAGUAUGGACAUAUUUGUGCGGUCAACAAAUAAAUUUAGAUAAGUUUGAGCUCGAACAUGUCAGGACAUUCCAAGACUGGGUUAAAUAAGAUAAAAGUGCCAUCUCACAGAAAGGAAGAACGACUAAAUUGUCCCCUUCAUACUUAUGCCAGCACUAUAGACACUAUGGAAACAUGGAGAACUAAUUGGUGAUAGUGAAGAAAACUUCUCUCUUUGCAUUAAGUGAACGGCAAGGUAUUUCACCUGAAAAAUGCUUCAUUUGCCUAAAUCUUUAGCCACCAGGGCUGUUCAGUGGAGUGAGCAUUCACUUUUAUAUGCUUUAGGAUGAGGAAAUGGGCUUUAGGCUUUCAAGAACGAGCAGUUGCUAUGUUUCUUGAUCUCUAGGGGGCUGGAAUUCAAAUGAAGUCAAUACCAUCUGGGGGGCAGAUCGCAAAAUUUCAUGUAGAAUGUUUUCUCUGUGUUUAAUUACCACAUGGUUUUACAUUCAUCUCAUUUAAUACUUAAUUCUAAUCUGGUGCCUUUUCAAUUAAAAAAACUAAAUUGAAAUCAUAUUACGAUCAAGAAUGUUGGAAGGCUCUUCCUUUGAAUUGAACGAAAAGAGGAGUGAAUGUGACAUAAACCCUAGCACUAGAAAAGGAAGACAAAUACUCAAGCUAGUCGGGUAUUUGAAUAUAACGAAUCUUGUUAUUAAAAAAUCUACGGUACAGCCACAUCCCUCUUCGUGGCUUUCUGCUUGGUUUGUGAAAUAAAACAAUUGACUUAAAAAACUCUGAACAAGUAAGUCAUGCUAUUUCCCCAUGUGUUUAGUUUACGAGGUUCGACUAUUGGCAAAUAAAUGAAGCGAUCUUUAUCUGCAACGAUGAUCAUUAAUAAUGAUAAAUGAGCACUUUUUCAGACUUAAAGGUCUACCAUAGUGUAUGAUUUAUUGUUCUGUUAUUUCUUAUAUCAUUAAAUUAAGCGAGCUCUCAAUGAAAUGCUGCUUAGAGUUCAUGCAUAGCCAUAUCAAAAAAUUGAACUCUUUUUAUUCCUUACACUUUAUUAUGUUGUGUCUUAAGAAGUUGGAUUGCUAUUUUCAUUUUGGCAUCAUCAGUAUUCUCUCAAGUUGUCAGGGGACUCUUAAAAUGUGAAGAGUCAUUACUUCCAACAGUCCUCUCCAACGCUCCACUAGGCUUAUGUUUAUAUCACUUGCUAUACCAUGUAAAAAGUUUCAUUUCUUUCUCUCAUCAUCUGAACGUUUUUUAAUCUCAUCGCGUAAUCCUUUAGAACCCUUUUCUAUGUUAUUGAUAGUUUUUUUUCCUUGUCAGGCGGAUACUAUUUAUGGGAUAAUCCGUGGGCUUGAGGUAUUUAUAUCGAGUUCUCAUUAAACUGUUUAUUUGAUCAUGUUCGAACUUUAAAAAAGAUGUUCACAAUAUGGUCAUCAAUUAUACAAAAUAAAGUUAAAAUAAAAAGAGGAUACUUGGUUCAAGAACCUAAGCUUUAUUGCUCAUCUAUUGGGUCAUUUCAGCUCAGAUUUACUUUAUUUGUAAACUGCUCAAUGCAAUUCUUUACUCACUUUCUUCCUUUGAUGGAUUUGGACUUAUGGCCAUGAUAUUUUAUGGUCGGGAAAUUUUUGGUUAAAUCACACAAUCCUAAAAGACAGAAUGUCUUGCUUUCUGUUCUAGACAGUUUAUUUCUUAAUAAUAGUUAUAAUUACUAAGUGUAUUACCUUGGAACUCUGCAAAAGACUAUUACUAUUGGUGCAUGGUUUUUUAAUCUUUGUUAAUGUCUUUGUCAGACCUUCAGCCAACUAUGCACUUUUAACUACAAAACCAAAGAAGUUGAAGUGCACAAUGCACCGUGGUAUAUUAGUGAUCGGCCAAGGUUUCCAUUUCGUGGGCUGCUUAUUGGUAUGUAAAUAUUUGUGUUGGAGUGUUGAACCACAUCAUUUGCCUCAUGUAAACCUUCAAUGUUGAUACAUCAAUAUCCAACCUUAUGAUGUAUGUUUUGCAGAUACAUCACGACACUACCUACCAGUAAAUGUGAUUAAGCAAGUUAUUGAUUCCAUGUCAUACGCCAAGCUUGUGAGAAUGCAUCCUUUAUCUUUUUAAAGUUUUCAUCAAAAAAUUCUUCUCUGAUUUCUUUCUAUUAUUCACGUGUUCUGCAUAUAUCAUUGGGAAUCACAUUCAGUAGAAUGUUCUUCAUUGGCAUAUUGUCGAUGAACAAUCAUUUCCUCUAGAGGUCCCUUCAUAUCCAGAUCUAUGGAAUGGCUCCUAUACAAAGUGGGAGAGAUUCACAGUUGAGGAUGCUUAUGAACUUGUUGAGUAAGAUAUUUUCCUGUGAACCUUAUAUUUUACAGUACUUACCUGAUUGAGUCUAUUUGUUAAGAGAUGCUCUUCACACUCAUGCUUGAUUUGCAACUAGUAAAGUUCUAAAGAAAGAAUACCGCUAAAAUCAUCCCGAAGUAAUAAUUUUAAUUUCGGAACAUCUUUAUGCUCUUUAUAAAUUUUUCAAACUCAGAAAGUGUUGAUCUUAUGCUAAUAAUUGCAAAGAUUGCUAAAGUAUAAGGGUGUAUAUCAUGCAUAUUUAUAGAAUUAAUUGUGCUAAAAAUGUUGUCCUAGAAAUGUUGGCAAUUAUACCUUGGUUCCUUAGCUUCAGGUUUCUGUGAAAGAUAACACUAGAAGUUUUUUUAUAGAACCUCUCUUUUCUCAGGUAUUCCAAAGAUUGUGAUUGAGGUUAUUCUUUCUGAAAGACAUAUUAGCAUCCAAAGUAGCACACUAGUGUUUAGGCGAGGAAAGUACACAACAGUCUGUCCACUCAAAUAAAUAAAUUAUGUUUCUUGGGCAACACAUCGUCAAAUUGAAACACUAAUACACUGGGGAAAAUAAAAGACUUGCCAUACUUUGAACACGAAACUCAAUCUAUCCCUUCAAGAUUGUCAUGGACAACAACACCAGAAGAAAUCAACUUUUUCAUUUAGAUGUCAUUACAUUUGAAGACUAUGUUGCGUUUGAUUUAUUUUUUUUGUUGUGCAUUUUAUUUCUUGUUAAUCAUAGUAGUCACGGAAAUUAAUGUAAACCUUAUUUUGUGAGUUUCUUUUUUAAAACCUUUUAUCUAUUUUGUAUCUACUGUGUAUCAAAUGACUAUGUUGUUCGCUACUUUUUUGUAUCAACUAACUUGUUUUUUUUGUUUCUUUCUUUUUUAAUGUUUACCAAUCAUCUCCUACAGUUACGCAAAAAAAAGAGGUCAGUCCACACUGUGCAAUAAGAGGCUCUUAUUUUAUUUUAUGUAAAUAACCUUUUGUGUGGUUUGAAUUCCACUUUGUAAUAUUAGAUUGUUCUUGCAAAACUUUGAGGGGACACAUGAAUUUAGACAUUUGGUGGAAUGGUUAGAUUAUUUCCUAGCACUAUCAAAUUUGCUAUUGUAAAAGGUCAAUAACAUUUUCUCAUAUUUCAUCCAAUGUAGCGAAUUGACAUUUAAAUAUUUACUUUAUUGUUUAUUUUUAUUGUAGGCAUCAAUAUAAUGCCAGAGAUUGAUGUUCCUGGCCAUGCAGAGUCAUGGUAUGUCUACUUUUUUUUUAAAAUGUGAUUUUUUUGCCCCUCUGAAUCUGAUGUAAAUUAAUUUUGUCCUUGUACUGAUGUUUAUAAUGUUGUCAUACAUGUUUACUUUAAAGUAUAUAUCUUGAUGUUGAUAAAGCUGAUACAAAGGUAAUUUUUUUUAUCUCACGUCAUUAUAAAAUGAAACUUGGAAUAUAUAUAAUGAUGAUAUCACUUUGCGCAAGCAAUUGAAAAAGUCUCAUAAAGUUUCAAAAGUUUUAGCCAUUCGCAUAUUUGAAAAAAAGAGAGUCAACCAGCUCACCUUGGAUGAAGAAACGUAGGAAAAAAUAAAAUUAGAAGAGAUUAGUUUUAUAAACAGGAAAAUGAUCAAACAUAUUAGUUAGUACACGUUAGUUGUUGGCCAUUUGCAAUUGUAGCUUCUUUUUCAACCAUUUUAAUCUCUGAAUCGAAGCAUGUAUAAAAGAAAAAAAUGAAUAUCUAUUCCAUAGCCCACUUAGAUACCAUGACUUUUAAGAAGAUUCGUGAAACAAAAUGAUGUUACACCAUACUCUUUCAAUCAUUGAUGUUACACCCUGAAAACUUUGAUCUUCUAAUUAUAAGAUAUUUUUUGUGAAGGUUCAUAGUGGUAAAUGAGUACUAUAGAACCGAGUGUCAGGCACACGAGCUUUUUCUAGAGAUAUGAACUUAAAAAAUGAAGGAUUGGUAUUAAAUUUCUAGAAGUUCACUUUCUGCAGUUAUGAAUUUAGUAAAUAGGUGAGCUGAUAAUUUGUUUACCAUAGAAAUUGGUAGUACCUAAAGAAGAGUGGGUGGAGCUGGUAAAUAUUUUGAACCACUAACAAAUUUGGUGUACUUUCCUUGGAAAGAAUUAAUUUACUAUGUUUAUCUAGUAUUAAACCAAACUCGUGUAACUCAUGCGAAAAUAAGCUAAUCCACCCCGUCUUCGUUGAUCUUGUAGAACGCCUGAGGCCAACAAUAAUAUUACUUUUCAUCCAGCUCUUUCAUAUCAAUGUCUUCCGAAAAAAUUAUCUAGGCAAUGAUAUUCAUCCUUCCGUUUUUAUCAUAAUAUAAGUAGUCAGAAUAACUUACAUGCCAUGUCUCAACUGGCCAUAAUGUUUUCCUUGGAAAAUUGAGAUCGUUUGUUUCAUGACUGAAGUAGGGAUCUCAAAACGGGUUCUAACUGGAUCAUGUCCUCUUGCAAUACAUCUGGAAUAAGAUAUGGUUAUCCGUUAGUCAUGACAUCCGAAGUAGAUUCAACUCAGUAGAAACAAAUGGUGAUGUGAACCUAGUUCAUGUGAAUAUGAUUACCAAGUAAAUACGAGAGAAUUCUUAAGUCUAAAGACAUGAUAUUUUGAAAAAAAAAUAUAGUUUAAAUAUCAGGCCAAGAUAAACACAUCUGAUUUUUAUUUUUCCACUCUGACAAAGUGCAUUUUUUAGUCAUUGGUUUCUAGUGGGCACUUACAGAAGGUUUCUUUUAGUUAAUUAGUAAGUGCUUCUUGUUGAGUGGCAAUUGAGUUGCAUUUAUGUGACUAGAUAGUUACUUAUAUGCUUGGGAUGUAUGCUUCGCGACUAUUACAUUUUCUGUUUAAUAAUAUGCAGUGCAUAAUCCGUAUGCUUUGACGUGUUGAUUUAUGAAACGUUGAUUUCUAUGUUCCAGAAUAUUUUUAAUUCAUCGUAUGUGAACUUUUCUGAGAUUUUGGAAAACGCAAAUACUCUUUCUCUUAUGAGGAAAUGCAUUUAUACCUUUGUAUUUUACUCGAGUACAUCAUAAGGGAGAAUGCAUGACGAUAUCUGAUCUGCUGUGUAGGGGUGUCGCCUAUCCUGAUCUAUGGCCCUCCCCCACCUGUAGAGAGCCCCUUGAUGUAAGCAAAGAUUUCACCUUUUCAGUGCUUUCCGGAAUUUUGAAAGGUAAAACUUCAUUUUUGCAAGUUACUAUCAUUCCUGUUUAGCACUUAUUCGAGUUUUUUUUCCUUAUCCCGUAAGAUAUAUACUUAUGAGUCAUCCAUGAUUUUUAUCAAACAGACCUAUUUUUCUUUCAUCUUGGCUGUACUAUAGUGGUUCAGGAUCUCUUCAUUGCCACAAAUGAAAUUGGUGAUCUUCCUGUGAAAAUGCUUAGUUAGUGUGUGAAAAUAGGCCUCGCUUUAGUGCUUACCUCAUGCAGAGGUAGAUUCGUCCAUUCUUCAUUGAUAGGACGGAGGUUUUUAAUCUGUAUUAUGUUUCCACUAUGUAUUGCAAACGUUCUACAUGUUUCCCCCAUGUUUGGAGGUUUAACAUGAGGAUAGUGAGCGUUAUGUGGUUGACCUCCACGCUUCAAUUUUGUCUGCUAUUUAUUUUUGCAGGAAAAAACCAUGUCUUCGGGGCGGAUUAGAACUGUCUCAUUUCCUUUCCUUUGGAUGUUAUUUUUUAUUGAGCUGAAGUUUCUUCUUUUUUGCCUGACAUCUUGUUUUCCUUCUCCUUUUGGCUAACAUUCUUAAGAUCUCUGAGAAACGAUCUUUUAUCUCUUAGAUCAAUGUAUCUGCUAUGCUUCCUGUGCUAGACUGAUAUUAUUUGAUUUGGUUUUCCAGUAUGCAUUACACCAGUGCGAUAUGUUAUAUUAAUAUUGAGGUUUCAUCAUCCAAUUUUUCGUUUCCCUUUUUGUUUUACUUUUGCUGAAAAGAAUAUUACUUAAAUUAGGGUAGAUUUGGUUAAUCAUAUUUCUUUCUAUGGAUAUUGACCAUAAAAAAUAUUUUUUAUGGAUUUGGUUUAUUGUCCAAUAUAUUUCUGCAUUCUCAUUUGUGUUUCCACUUGCACACUAUUAGAAAUUUUUUUUUGCCUCUUGUGAGACUUUUUCCCGAUGUUUUUGUAUCCUCCCAUUUGUACAGUGGAAGUUGUUUGGGAAUGUUUGACAACUAUAAUUGACCAAUCAACUUACUUUUGCUAAAUGAUCAUCUGCAUCCAACUGUGCAGUUGAAAAUCAGAGGGAAUUCACUUCUUCUGCCUUCCAGUUCUUUGUUCAUUUUGGCUCGAUAGGUCCUUGGAGAUUUGGGUUGCUUAGAUUUUUACUGUCAAAAUCAGGGUGGAAGCUUAUUCAUUCAACUCAAGCUUUAUUAAUUUUUUUUGUAUCAAAUGACUGUUCAGUCAGGAAGUUUUCAGUAACUUUCAUCUGCUUUAUUAUAGCUGUUUGUUUUCGGUUUUCAUUCCAGAGCACGACCUGCUUCAAAAUUUCAUGCCGAAACUAUGGUUUGGUUGGAGACUUCACGCUGUCAAGUUCAAUGAUCCUGUUUUUGGUCUUUGAUGAUUUUGCAAAAUAUUUGAAUUAAUCGAUAGGUGGCAUGAUAAAAUUAAUAUGCAUCGAGAUUGCUAGAAAGAUGAUAUAGUUUAAGACUUUCUCAUUUCCUUGCGUAAAUUAAUGAACGGAUUUGCAAUCUGGGAGUGAAAAUAAAUGGAUUUUAACCAUUACUAAAGACAAACUUUUCGGUUUCUGUCUGGUGAAGUGCGAUCCUCACAGAAGAAAUUUGAGAUAUUUUUCUUUUUCAGGCGAAAUCACUCUGUUAUGUUGACAUUCUGGUGAAUGUCAUAACUAGUUGAUGCAAUUAUUGUUCUUUGUCAAAUGGGGAAGGAUUUUAUUAAAUUCUAGUUUGUGUUUCCUUUUACAGAUAUGCACAAAAUUUUUCCUUUCGAGCUCUUUCACUUGGGAGGGGACGAAGUCAAUGCAGGUUAGUUUAAUAAACAUUUUCAUUAUGAUGACAGUCAACUAAUUUUGAAGAAAAUAUGUUUUCCUUAGUUUUCUGAAAUUUUAACGAAAAUAAUUUACGUUUUAUUAUACAAACGAACGAGUGGUUAGCAUUUUACUCUUACAUGUCAAUUUCACAAUGGACACUCGCCCACUUACAUAGAUACACGUACAAUUCUAUAAUUUAUCAAUAUAAAUAGGUCUUUUUAGUUUUGAUCGGUCAUUUGAAUCGUAUACUAUCUCUUGGAAUUAAGGAUCGAGUAAAGCUGACAGUUUCAGCUGCCCGAACUUGAUGUUCUCAAUGCUUGUAUGUUGGGUAUGCAAGAAGUUACCGUGGUAUAUUAAUACUGUAUUAUUUGGAGGUGGAAUGAUUUUAAGAAAUGGUUCGGGAAAGUUCAUUGUGACCUUAGACCGGGGAGGUUUUGUUCUCUGGUUACCACUUCUUUCUCCAUCAGCACAAGAAUUUCUAGGUUCCCCUACAUCCUUUGUUGCCAAUGUCCUGAACCAUGACACCCUCACCUGCCUCGUGGAAAAAACGGUGCAAAUUGCAAAGAGAAGAGCUUUCAUUACUGCAUUAGCAUAUAUUUUAUCAGAAACAUAGAAAUGAUUUAACUAAACGGUGCAGUUAAUAUCUCAGGUACUUGAGCUUAUCUUCCUAUUUCUGCUUAAUGUUUGCGAUUCCUUUCUGGAAACCCUUGGUCAUCCCACCCCUGAACAACAAAAGUUCCCAUUAAAGAGUGUUAUGCACUUAUUCCACAUGGCUUACUGAACUCCAGAAACCAGAAGCAUCCUUCUCAUACAUAAAUGUAAAGUUUUUAAAUACAAAAGAAGGGAAAUCAAAAUUUGUACUACCCUGUUGAACUAAGUGUUCUGAACUUCAAGAGUUGUUGUUCCUCUCUUUAUCAUCAUUGUCAAGGGAAUAGUCAGUCAAAUCUUCACUUGGGUGCAUGGUUGCUAUUGAUAUCUCCUGUGAUUGAAAAUGUAGUAUCACACUUCUUAUCACCCAGCAUCAAUUAUACCUUUGGAUGCAUAAUGUAAAUAAUGCAACAGAGUUCAUUCGUGGGUAUUGUCUUUUUGGCUUAUGUCUCUCUUAUCAGCUUUGUUCAUUAAGCAGCUCAUAAUAUGAUUAGAAAAUUGAAUAGAGAGGGGCUAUUUCGGUUUUAGUUCGAUAAGGAACAUUUGGAGGAAAUAUUUUUAAUUUCCUUGAUGCUUACUUUCUGAUAAACCAGAGGAAGUAAUUGAUUGUUCAAUGGUUUGCAGAUUGUUGGAAUUCAACACCACAUGUGAAACAAUGGUAUGUUACUGAUUUUCAUUGUCAUAUGAUUUUCAUAAGACUGUUAGCCUUUUUAUCCUUUGUGGCUUGAAUCAACACUGAAUUACCACUGAUAUUGUAAACUUAACAUGAGUUAAUCGAUUGACCUUGAGAUGCUAUUGACGAAAAAAAUGAUUUCUUUGAAAUCUACGUAUAGUAAUUUUCUGGAUUCUAAUUAGACACUGCAUUGAAGUAAUUCAAUUUCUGAUAGAGUACACUUGUUUGCAAGAAAGUCGCGAUAAACUGAUCAGACAGGCCAGCCUUCAUUGUUUGCUGCGUUUUUAUUUGGUCAUAUGGUGGGCUUCAAUCAAGGGUCGCUCUGUUUCGAGUUGCGAGUGCCCAUUGUUUUCAUAUCAGGAAAGUUCAAGGUUUUCUCAUGAACGUGUAAGAUUCAAGGACAAAACUUAGUAGAUACAAAGUAAGGGAGAAGGAGAACGAUGACGCAUGCCCAAAACACAUACCUGUUGUUUAUAAAAGGUAAAACCUUGUAGGGUUCCUUGAAAGGAAGAAAUAUAAAAAAACCAUAUCACCCUUACAAGAAAGGCAAAUUAUGAUAUUCUCAUACCCCUCUCUCAAGCUUAUGAAUUCUGUGAAGAGCAUUAAGAAUUUGCCAUGUCAAAAGUGAUGAUAUAUGCAAUAAUACGAGAUUUGGUUAAGAAAUUAAUCAACUGCAAAAUAAAAGAGACAAAAGGUAAUGACAUGAGUGUUGCAUUGGAGAUGAUGUCUUGUAAAGUGCCGAUCCAUAUUAACAUCUUUGAUGUAUAAGAACAGGUGUAGAGAUAUGAAUACCUAGGUUAGCAAGCCCCAUGAACACCUAGAUUAGUAAGUUCCCAGCAUAGUCAAACAACCAUUGUUGUGAUAUUACUUUUAUCUUGAUAUUCAGCUUCAAUGGUUGAUCUAACUAAAAUAAAUUAUUUCUUUUUUUCUCUGAAAUAAAAGAUCUUGAAAAACGUAAAAUCUCUUGGUAAACUUUCAAUCUAUGGGAUUACUGGUCAAAUCGACAUUAUCAUAAACUCAGAGCUCUAUGCUGGCAGUGUAAGAAAAUAAUAGACCUUCAUAUGGUAGUAUGCCUUUGAAGAAAAUAUGUGCUCUAAUGAACAGAAAUUAGAAUAAUGAAAACUUGAUUGAUAGUGCGCAUAACAUAUGUAAUAUCUAAGUGAGUAGCUGUGUGAUAUACAGUUGGCCAUGCCAUAAAAUGGGCCAUAAUGAAGGAUAUACUUGGCUACAAGCAAUGGCAUGUUCUAAAGUAGGCCAUGUCAAAAGAGCAUUAGCAAUAAAGGUGUAGUGCACAUUAAGCCUAAGGGGAGUCUUAAUUGUCCAAGAGUUUGACAAUUUCGUAUUUCUUAUGACUUUAAUUCUAUAUUUGGACUAAGAAGAUCCAAAUAUGCCUUUCAAUAAUAAAUAUUUAAUUUCCGAAGAAGCAACAAAAUAGCAUGAAAGUUUUGAUUAUAAAUUGUCGUUAUCAUCAUGUUUUGAGUGAUAAAAUGUAAUUAAUAUUGAAAAGAAGAAUAAUCUGACAUGGUACCAAAGAUGAAGGAAUUGAGUUACAACCACCUGUGCAGAAGGCCAAUCUAAUGUCGAAAGAUAACAUUAGAAAAAAAAUUGGAGCAAUCCUGUCAUGUGCUUCCUAUGCUUUUUCCAUUGUCAGCUGACUCUUCCUUUUGCCCUGACUAGUCCAAAAUCAUCCUAUUCAAUUCUUAAUUGUUUUAUUUAUUUUUUGAAUUUCAAGGGAGGAUCAGGUUUUAUUGGAUUGAUCCUAACUGGGCCUGGCACUCCUUUUUCUAGCGUGGCCUAGGUUCUGGCAUCGGCUUAACUACACCUGGAUCAACCUUGGAAUCAGUGAUCCAAGCCAUUUCUGAUUCCUUGAAGGUCCAGUCUGGUCUGGCUGUCCCGAUAUGUCUGGUCAGAGAUGAUUUCAUAUGGCUUGGAUCAGAUCUGGCCUGGCUAAUCCUGACCAUAUGCAAAGUUUGGACCAGCUCAUGUGAGAGAUGCCCCAUCACUUAAUGAUCUUGAGAAAAAUACAUGGAAAUGUUUUGUUUUAUCCUGAUUUUCUUCAAUUCCUACCCGUUAGACAAGCUUUGGAGACAACCGAGCAGAAUGGCCCACCAAGUUGCUUGUCUGCAACUGAUUUCUGAGAAAUAGAUAGCAAGGGUAUCCGAAAUAUUUUUAUUGAAGACCUUUGCUGAUGUCUGCUCAUACUAGUAUGUUACUGUGGAAUUUUUUAUGUCCUUUCUGAGUUUCGUGGCCAUUUCUGUGUCCACAUGGUGUACAUGCCCGAAAUUGAGAUGUGCGAUCUCCAUCUGAAUGCGACGUCCUGAUAGAUGCUGUCACAACCGGGUGUGAGUUAUGCCUUACUCUCAAACAUGGCGAUUAUUUUAGGUCAUUAGCGUGAUUAUGGUCCACGUCUGGAGUUUUUAACACGUUGGACCAGUAUUUUCACUGUCAACCGUGGCCAUCGAACAAGCCCCUUUUUUGUUGGAUUGUGACCGGUGUUUUUCAUGUUUACGAAAUUUCAGGUGCUCUAUUUGUCUUGUUCCUGCAGGUUUUUGAGUUUAAAUUGUCUGUUACCCAUAGUUUUCUUGUGAUCUAAGUAUUUUCCUACACAGGCUUGAACAGCGCAACAUGACUACUAAGGAUGCGUAUCAGUAUUUUGUAUUGAGAGCUCAGGAGAUUGCGGCUGCGCAGAAUCGUACUCCUGUUAACUGGUACUCACCUUAUUGUUGCUCGCAUGCGUAAUAGUCAGUAGGGUGCAAUAAUUGCAAUACUGCAACAUUUUGUUUCCUAAAUUUCACAGGGAGGAGACCUUCAAUACAUUCGCUGCCAAGCUUCAUCCUCAGACGGUCGUGCACAAUUGGUUAGUUACUUAUUCACGUUAGACAAAGAUUAUUGGCACUGAGAUUUAAUUUGAUUUUAGUGAUGGAGGAUAUUACGAUUCUGAAACCAUGAGGUGUACAGGGUGUAAAUCCCUUUUGUGUCAACUUUUUUGAUUAGGGCACUCAAGAAAAGGGUGGCAUUUUUCUGGUAUUCCAGCAUAUUUCUUGAUUUCAGUCAUUUUAAAUUUGUUUUCCAUGUUGUUCUUUUCAGAAACCUGCUAUCUAAACAACUUAUCCACAGGGCUUGCUUGAUUUUCCCAAAUGUUUAGGCCAAAAUAUCCCAUCCAUCAUGGAUAUCUAGUUCACCGUUUAAGACCAACUCAUGUUUAGGGCUAGAUGGUUGUGGCUUCGUCUAACAUCCACAAAAUUACAAUCCAAACCACCUCUUCCUCUCUCAUCAAGAAGUCCUCUCUCUAUGGCCUGCAUGCUGUCCUUUGACUUCUACACUGCAACCACGUAGGGAGUGGAUUGGUCUCUCUUAUUUUCUUUCCAUUCUUCAGGUGGGGUCCUGGAGUUUGCCCCAAAGUCGUCGCAAAAGGCCUGAGAUGCAUCAUGAGCAACCAAGGUGAGUGGUAUCUUGAUCAUCUGGACGUGCCUUGGGAGGAUCUCUACAGGAGCGAGCCACUGGAGGGAAUAGAUGACGCUUCCCAACAGAAACUUGUAAUUGGCGGAGAAGUUUGCAUGUGGGGCGAGACAGCUGAUACAUCAGACAUCCAGCAAACAAUAUGGCCUCGAGCUGCAGCUGCUGCAGGUAAAUGAUGGCUACGAUAUCUCAUUACCUUCAAUAUCUCAUCGUCAAUUUUUUUUAUCUUUCUUUUAAGAGAUAUACAUGGAUAUGUCACCAGGAAUGCAAGCCUAGGCCACAGGCCACAGGCUGAAGAUGCCCAGAGAAUACAACUAAAAAAAAAAAAUACAAUACCUUCAUUGAUCUGCUGGAUUUUUCCCAUAUCUGCAUUAAUGACCCAUUCCGUCGAUUUUAUCCUCUCUGUAGAUGAUGUGGCGAAUUGGAUUUGUUUCUCUUAUUUUCAACUUCUCACGGGCUAUUUUGCCCAGAACAUAGUGACUACUCUGACUGAGAAUUCCGCUUUGGGUACACUUCUCCAUAGCCCUUCUGUAGUCAACUUACUAUUUUCCCAUACAUUUAUUCGGAAGAUGGGUUAAUGUCAUGAAUUCUCCCCGUUUCCCCUAGUGUUCUUCAUUGAUUCUCCAUGGAUAUCCGGAGAGUAUAGUCUAUGACUCUACUCUCCAUGCUGAACCAGUAUCCACCAUCCACAACAGUCGGGAGAGGACUAAAAGACUGAGGCUUUCUAUACCCGAUGGGUCAAACAUUAGAUGGAAUCAUUCUCUCUCCUUCUGCUCGCGUUCUUCAGCCGAUUCUUACGGUUUUCCUUCUUAAAAUUCUCCGGAACCCCCUUACGAUCUUGAACCCUGCAGUUGCCAUUUUUAGGGUUUGGUUGAAGGAGAACCCUCAAAGAGAUGAUCGUCGUCUCCCUCCUCUGGCCGCCGUCCUACACUCAUUCUCUCGGGUCACCCAUCCUCUUCCCCUGCGAUAAUUACCAUCCAUUGCUGCUGGAUUUGACUCUGAAAAUAUCUCUCACUUCAAUCAUUGCACAGUUUUGUAGUAGACGAAGAUAUCACUCGCUGAAUGAUGCUUUAAAAUUAUGAUGUAAUUUAUUUACUGAGAGCCUUCGAUCCAGAGCGCUUGUGGAGCCCAAGGGAGACUACCUCCGGCGAAGAUCCGAACUCCACCGCGCUGCCCAGGCUGGAGUACUUCAGGUGCCUGCUCAACCGGCGGGGGGUGGCGGCUGCUCCGGUGACCAACUUCUACGCCCGCAGGCCUCCAUACGGCCCUGGAUCAUGCUACGCGCAGUAG